AAGGAGGGCAGAUAACGCGGCCUCUCCCAGCUCCAGUUCCCGCUCCAGAGCGCCGCACUGCUCUGCAAACCUCCUACCCUUCCACCCCGAUCGGCCUCUGCUUGCCGCUUGCCCACCAUGGCCCUCUCCAAAUCGACGCGCAUUAUCAUCCUGCUGGCCAUCGACAGCGCCUUCUUCCUGCUCGAGCUGAUCACCGGUUAUGCUGUACACUCGCUGGCCCUGGUGGCCGAUUCCUUCCACAUGCUCAACGAUGUCUUGUCGCUCUGCGUCGGAUUGUGGGCAGUCAAGAUGGCAAACAAGACUUCCGCCCCCAAGAUGUACACGUAUGGAUACCAGCGCGCAGAAACGCUCGGAGCAUUGGUCAACGGUGUCUUCUUGGUGGCACUGUGCGUGACCAUCUUCCUUGAUGCCAUCCAACGAUUCGUGGAACCGCAGGAGGUCAGCAACCCAAAGCUGGUCUUGAUUGUGGGAUGCCUUGGUCUGGCUUCCAAUCUCGUCGGCCUGGUGCUCUUCCAUGAUCACAGUCACAGUCAUGGCGGACACAGCCACGGUCCUUCCAAUGAAGCCAGACAUGCUGAAGAGGGUCAUGCCGGCCACGAUCAUAGUCAUGAAGAGCACGCCGGACAUGCGCACGCCCAACCAACUCCAACUAAGAGCAAGGCCAACGGCGAUGCAGAUGUCGCGCGUCAAGAUACCGCCAGCGAUUCGACUGCGGUGAACGUCAUGAGCCCAUCUUCAAAGAAGGCGCGCAGACACAGUCGAUCGACCUCGAGAGGUUUCUUGCCAGAAGAGUAUCCGGGUCCAAGCGCUUUCAGAAACUCCAUCAUCGCAGCCGGUCGCAUGGAGGCGGUGGAGUCGGACGAGGAGCCGCUGGAGACGGCGGUGCAGGGCGAAGACGUGCCAAAGAGCGACCAAUUCGAGCCAUUGCUUGGUGGAAACGGACAAAAGAUUGCAUAUGGUACAACUCAGUCCGCAUCUGCUAAGCCCAAGUCUUUCGACCACAAGGACCACAAGCACGCGCAGCCACGGGAACCAGGCAAGGGUGCCGGUCACUCACACGGCGACUUGAACAUGAAGGGCAUCUUCCUCCACGUUAUGGGCGAUGCGCUUGGCAACAUUGGUGUGAUCGCGACGGCGCUGAUCAUCUGGCUCACCAAAUUCCCGGGCCGCUUCUACUUCGAUCCUGCUAUAUCCCUGGUCAUCACCUGCAUCAUUCUCGCAUCCGCCAUUCCGCUUUGCAAGGCAGCCAGCAGAAUUCUCUUACAAGCUGUGCCGCACGGCAUCGAGGUCGACGAUAUCCGGGACGACAUCGAAGAUCUUCCAGGCAUUGACAGCUGUCACCAUCUCCACGUCUGGCAGUUGAGCGACACCAAACUGGUCGCUAGCUUGCACGUGCGUGUCACCUUCAACUUCAAGGGCGAGGGCUCGCAACGAUACAUGGAAUUGGCGUCCGACAUCCGCAAAUGUCUCCACGAAUAUGGUAUUCACUCAUCGACCAUCCAGCCAGAAUUCCACGCAGAUUCUGAGUUUGGCGAUGAUGAGCACAGCCAUGGCGGCCCAUCCGGUCACGGCUCUCCCAAGCAACAAGGCACCCCCGACAACUCAUGCCUGCUGGACUGCGGAGAUGACUGCGGUGGUGGUGGCAAGAGCUGCUGCCCACCGGCAAACAAGAAGGGCACCGACUCACAUUCCCAUGACGGGCACGAUCACUCCCAUUAAUGUAUUGUAAUAUCCAACUUCAUGACGGCGGGGAGGGAUGGGGCAAGCAUAGCGAAUGCUGCAAUUUACAGAGUAGAGGUACGGAAGGACGAUGAAUGGCGGUAGAGGCGGUAGAGGCGGUAGGGGCGGUAGAGGCGGCGAGGCUCUUUGCUUGUAAAGCUUGCGCGGCGUUGAUGGCGCGAAAAACAGUACGAGCAGGAAAGUUGCUCGGAAGUCACAAUGGGACGUCGGAAGAGAAUGCCUUAGCAUUCCCGUUCAUCAUGUAAAGUUUUCUUUGAUAUUUGUAGCCUGUCUGUUUAGAGCUGAGUGCAUCUUUUCGUGAAGUCGCCUUGCGCAAGGCAGGGGCAUACGUAUCAAGAUUCCGGACUUG